AUGUCUCAGCAAGGAACUUGGGCGGACGACGUUGUUGAGAACCAACCUCUCAUCACCACGAAUGAGGACGGUACGAAGACCGUCAUAACGUACAGAAUAAACGAAAAGGGCCAGAAGAUCAAGGUCACACAGAUAGUCAAAGAGAUCAUCGUCAAAGAGAGCGUCAACAAGGAAGUUGCAAAGAGAAAACAGUGGGCCAAGUUCGGAGAAGAGAAGAACGCUGCUCCUGGCCCAGACUACAGAACCACCCAAGUUGGUGAGGAAGUGCAUCUCAGAUUGGGUACCGCAUGGAAGACUGCUGAGAAGGAGGCGGAAGAGAAGAAAGCUGAGGAGUCCAUGCUUUCUGCAAACACACGUGCAAUUACGUGUAGAUACUGUAAGGGACAGCAUUUCUCCUCCAAAUGUCCAUUCAAGGACUCGCUUGCAUCCUUGGAACCUGAUCCAAUGGACGAAUCCUCGGAAGCUGGCGCCGCAGCACUUGCUUCCCCAUCAGCUCCUGGCAAAUACGUCCCACGUCACUUGCGUAACGGUGGUAUCUCUGCCUCCGGCGAGUCGUCUCGUGAACGUGAUGAUUCCUCAACAUUGAAGAUUGCCAACUUGAACGAAAUGGUUGACGAGGACAUGCUGAGAAACCAAUUGCUCUAUCCAUUCGGCCCAUUGGUCAGAGUCAACGUUGUAAGAAACAGGGAAACAGGAAGAUCAAGAGGUUUGGCAUUUGCACAGUUUGCAUCUGAGAGUAGCGCACAGAGGGCCCUCGAUGCCUUGGACGGUAAGGGUUUCCACUCUUUGAUUCUCCAAGUAGGCUGGUCAAAACCAAAGAAACCACAACAGCAGUAG